AUGGAGGAUUUCGAAAUUGCAGUUUGGAAAAGAAAAUGGAAAAACGAUUGUAUGGUGAGUGCCUGGAAAUCUAGAAACACACAAAAUCAAGUUCGCUCCACCGCACACAUAAUUUAAUUGUGUGUACUUCUCGAGGAAUUCGUUUAGGAGGCUCGUUAUAGAAGAUUUUUGUUGAAAAAACUGGAAAAUUAAAAAAAAAGGGAGCGGGUGGGAUCGAACCCUGGUUUUGCGAACAACACGCGCGAGUGUUAACCACUCGACCACGCGGCGGUUUUUUCUCGCCAGCAGAAAUUUCGCAUAUAAAAUGGGGUUUUUUGUUACAGAAUCACAGUCUGCGACUUGGUUUUGCUUAUUCUACACUAUGUCUCGCGUACAUUAUCAUGCUUCCAAUGUAAGUUCAAAUGCGCUCCAUUGAAAUAUCGAUUUUUUCAAGAUUACUUUCUGCAUGGUGUGAAAUGUAUUUGGAUAUUUAUCACGAUACAACAAAAUUUCCAUCAAUUCUCGUUUUUACGGUUUAUACAAUUAAUAUAACUCUGCUUUUGCAUACGGCUACCAAUUAUUUUAUUAGUUAUUUCGAUUAUUGUUCGACUUUUCUUAUCUAUAAUUGUUGUUACAUUGUGAGUUGAAUUUUUUGAAAAAAAGAGCAUUUCAAAAGCUUCAAAAUGAGCCCGAAAUCGUUUUUCAAAAAUUAAAUUUAGGCUCAUUUUGUAGCUCUCGAAAUUCUCCACAAAAUGAACCCAAAUUCAAAAAUUACUCACGGCGUUUCAGCAUUGGAUACUCAUUCAUUUCAUAAUAUCGGGUAUAGUAUUCUUAUACGAUCAUGAGAGAAAAGUUUGGCUAACUAACGAGGCUCGCACAAUUGUUCUCAUUAUUAUUGCAAUUUUUCAUUUAUGUCUAACCGCUUAUUCUGAUUGGUUUUUAGAGUGAGUUUUAAUUAAUUAAUUAAUUAAGAAAAAUCUCAAUUUUUCCAGCAAAUAUUGUGCUUCUUAA